GACUCAGUCGAGAGAGGGGCGCGGAACGGAGCGGGAGCAGCUGGGCUGAGCGGAGGGGCCCAGAGGGCGCGGCGGCUGGAAGAGAAGCGGGGGCCGGGCCGGGCUCGCUGGCGGGCGACGGGGGCCGAAGCCUGGCGUCAGCGGCAUCCGAGAGGCCCGGGGGCUGCCCCUGUGCUGGCCGCCUCGAGAAGGCCGCGGCGGCCGCGCUCCCCCUUGCCCGGGCCGGCCCCGUGUCCCGGGGCUAGGAUGCGCCCGCUCGUCCCCAGGCACCGGCAGGCAGCUCCCGGCCCGGCCCGUGGCUGAGACACCCCCAACGGCGGCGAGUAUGGCCUCACAGCUGCAGGUAUUCUCCCCCCCAUCAGUAUCUUCGAGUGCCUUCUGCAGUGCCAAGAAACUGAAAGUGGAGCCCUCUAGCUGGGAUGUUUCAGGACCGAGUAACGGUGGCGAGUAUUACAGUCACAGCAAAAACCUCCCAGGUGCUCAAGGGCCAGCCAGCUCCUCUCACCAGGUAGCAAACUUCAGCAUCCCUGCUUAUGACCAGAGCCUCCAUCUCCCUGCUCCUUCAGUUGAGCACAUUGUGGUCACAGCAGCCGACAGCACAGGCAGUGGUGGAACGUCGUUCCAAAGCAGCCAGGCCCUAACACACAGGGCUAACAUUGCUUUGCUGGAACCGUACCAAAAAUGUGGAUUAAAAAGGAAAAGUGAGGAAGUUGACAGCAACGGUAGCGUGCAAAUUAUUGAGGAACAUCCACCUCUCAUGCUGCAAAACAGACCUGCGGUGGGUGCUGCGGCCACUACCACCACUGUAACAACGAAAAGCAGUAGUUCCAGUGGCGAAGGGGAUUACCAGCUGGUCCAGCAUGAAAUCCUUUGUUCCAUGACAAACAGCUAUGAAGUCCUGGAGUUCUUGGGCCGAGGGACCUUUGGCCAGGUGGCAAAAUGCUGGAAGCGGAGCACCAAGGAGAUUGUAGCUAUCAAAAUCCUGAAAAACCACCCUUCCUAUGCCAGGCAGGGGCAGAUCGAAGUGAGCAUCCUGUCCCGGCUGAGUAGUGAGAAUGCUGAUGAAUACAACUUCGUCCGGUCUUAUGAGUGUUUUCAACAUAAAAACCACACAUGCCUGGUGUUUGAGAUGCUGGAACAAAACUUGUACGACUUCUUAAAACAAAAUAAGUUUAGCCCCCUGCCUCUGAAAUACAUUCGGCCAAUUUUGCAGCAGGUGGCCACUGCCUUGAUGAAACUGAAAAGCCUGGGUCUAAUACAUGCUGACCUGAAGCCUGAAAACAUCAUGCUGGUUGACCCUGUACGCCAGCCAUAUAGGGUGAAGGUCAUAGACUUUGGCUCUGCUAGUCAUGUGUCGAAAGCUGUGUGUUCCACUUACUUGCAAUCGCGCUAUUAUAGAGCUCCUGAAAUCAUCCUUGGUUUGCCAUUUUGUGAAGCCAUUGAUAUGUGGUCGCUGGGCUGUGUGAUAGCUGAGCUUUUUCUUGGUUGGCCACUGUAUCCUGGAGCUUCAGAAUAUGAUCAGAUUCGUUACAUUUCACAAACGCAAGGACUUCCAGCUGAGUACCUACUGAGUGCAGGAACGAAAACAAGCAGGUUUUUUAAUCGAGAUCCAAACUUGGGAUACCCAUUGUGGAGACUAAAGACUCCAGAGGAACAUGAAUUAGAGACAGGAAUAAAAUCAAAGGAAGCUCGGAAGUACAUUUUCAACUGUUUGGACGACAUGGCGCAGGUAAAUAUGUCUACAGAUUUGGAGGGAACAGACAUGUUGGCAGAGAAGGCGGAUCGAAGGGAGUACAUUGAUUUGUUGAAGAAAAUGUUGACAAUUGAUGCAGAUAAGAGAAUUACUCCGCUGAAGACUUUGAACCAUCAGUUUGUGACAAUGAACCAUCUACUGGAUUUCCCACAUAGCAACCAUGUGAAAUCCUGCUUUCAGAACAUGGAGAUAUGCAAGCGAAGAGUUAAUAUGUAUGACACAGUUAAUCAGAUAAAAAGCCCAUUCACAACACAUGUUGCACCGAACACAAGCACAAACCUCACCAUGAGUUUCAACAACCAGCUCAAUACUGUGCACCACCAGGCUAGUGUUUUGGCAUCUAAUUCUACAGCUGCUGCUACUCUGUCUCUGGCAAAUUCAGAUGUUUCACUGCUGAAUUAUCAGUCUGCUCUCUACCCAUCAUCUGCAGCACCAGUUACUGGUGUGGCACAGCAGAGUGUUUCCUUACAGCCUGGAACCACUCAGAUCUGCACCCAAACGGAUCCAUUUCAGCAAACUUUCAUUGUGUGUCCUCCUGCUUUUCAAACUGGUCUUCAGGCAACCACAAAGCAUUCUGGCUUCCCUGUUAGGAUGGACAACACUGUUCCAAUUGUGCCACAGGCACCAGCAGCUCAGCCAUUGCAGAUCCAGUCCGGAGUUCUCACACAGGGAAGCUGUACACCACUAAUGGUAGCAACUCUUCAUCCUCAAGUAGCCACCAUCACGCCGCAGUAUGCGGUGCCUUUUACUCUGAACUGCGCAGCCGGCCGGCCAGCGCUAGUAGAACAGACGGCUGCAGUACUGCAGGCUUGGCCUGGAGGCACCCAGCAGAUCUUGUUGCCUUCUACCUGGCAACAACUUCCAGGGGUUGCACUGCACAAUUCUGUUCAGCCUACAGCUGUGAUUCCAGAGACAAUUGGAAGCAACCAGCAGUUGGCCGACUGGAGAAACGCCCAUUCACAUGGAAAUCAAUACAGCACAAUCAUGCAGCAGCCAUCUUUGCUGACCAACCAUGUGACUCUGGCUACAACCCAGCCUUUGAAUGUUGGAGUGGCUCAUGUUGUGAGGCAGCAGCAAAAUAAUGCCGUGCCAGCAAAGAAGAACAAACGGCCAUCUCAUAGUGCCACAAAGCCUGCAUCUACACUAGAGGCGAUUCCAUCUCAAGUCUACUCUCUAAUUGGGAGCAGCCCUCUGCGUGCCACAUCUUCCUCCUCCAAUGCUUUCCUUCCGGGGCAGGAGCAGCACCAGCCCAUAGUCAUUCCAGACACUCCCAGCCCCCCAGUCAGCGUAAUCACCAUCCGCAGUGACACUGAUGAAGAGGAGGACAACAAAUACAAGCCUGCAAGCUUGGGCAUGAAGCAGAGAUCCAAUGUCAUCAGCUACGUUACCGUUAAUGACUCUCCUGAUUCAGACUCCUCGCUGAAUAGCCCCUAUGCAUCGAAUGCGCUUUCCACGCUCAGGAGCUCUGGGGGAACUCUAGAGCCAAGCCGAGGGGCAGCUGAAAGCUCCAACUCCCGCACCAUUAUUGUGCCUCUCAAAACGCAGCUCAGUGACUGUAUCGUAGCCACCCAGGCCUCAGGUGUCCUGAGUAGCCUGAGCAAGACCAAGCCAGUGGCAUCUGUAAGUGGACAAGCAUCAGGGUGCUGUAUCACGCCAACAGGAUACCGGCAACACCGGGUGGUGACAAAUGGUGUACAGCCGCUCAACCUUAGCCAGAACCAGCAAGGAACUGUACUGGCUUCACAAGAGAGAAGUGGAAACCCAGCUCCACGGAGACAACAGGCCUAUGUCGCUCCCCUGCCAACAACAAUUGCUCAGGCUCCCUACACGUUCCAGCAUAGUAGCCCAGUGCAUCCCCACUUGGCAGCAGCAACGGCGAGCCAGCCUCACAUGUACACCUACGCACCUACUACUGCUGCCACACUGGGCUCCACCAACUCCAUUGCGCAUCUCUUUUCCCCUCAGGGCUCUUCCCGGCACACCACAUACACAACCCACCCGAGCACUCUUGUGCACCAGGUCCCAGUCAGUGUGGGGCCCAGCUUGCUAACCUCUGCCAAUGUAGCACCUGCUCAGUAUCAGCAUCAGUUUGCCACCCAAUCCUAUAUUGGUGCUUCCAGAGGAUCUGCUAUUUACACUGGAUACCCACUGAGUCCUACCAAGAUUAAUCAGUACUCUUACUUGUAGCUCUUGGGCAGGGAUUAAUGGUAAUUGUUUUCAACUUGAUUGUAGAAGUGAUGAGAUCUGCAGUGGGUUUUGCAAUAUUCUAACAGCUCCACAACAACAGGAACUUCUGCAGAAUAAGAGGAGAGUAAUGGGACCACCUUCCUUCUCUGUAUGCUCUCUAGAGUCUGGUUGUCACUUGGUGGAGCCCCACUGUUUGGGGAAAGCUCAGGUAAUGACCGGGCAGAACCUUUUGAGUCACAUUCACAUUCAGAUUUUACAGUUACACUUUUAUGGAUGCUUUAAAAAAAAAAACGACAACAAAGGCCUGAACCCCCUGUUUAUUUAAAGCUAUUGUUAUGUUAAUCAAAUGGGGAAAGGAAACCAAGGACUUUGUGAAAAGGCUGGAUUUUUUUUAACUCUUAAACUUACCUUAGUACUUGUUUAAAUUAUUUUAGCAGCUUGCACAAAUCCAUAUUGCCACUAAAAAUGCACAUUUAACUCUAGGUUGCUAGGGCAGAUUUAUAAACUUUUGAGUUAGUAUUUUAAAGUUAAUUUUUUAAUUCACAUUCUUGAUAGGCAAUAGCUGAAUUCUGCAAAAGCAGUUACCUUCUCAUUUCUCUGUGUGUAUAUUUUAUAUAUGUAUAUAUAUAUAUAUCUAUAUAUUUCGCUCCCCAGUUUCUUGGUUUUAAUUGUCUUUUUUUUAAAGCUAGUGUAGCAAUUUUUAUUAUCAGUCUCCAUUUACACCAUAAGUUUUUCCCUCUCCUUUUAAAAAUUUAAUGUAUGACUCUUCAAAAUAAAGCUCAGUUUUUUUAAAAAAAUACAGAAAGUAUGAAUUUACUUUCUGUUGUAUGUGUGAUCACAGCCUAGUAUAUGGUUUUUGACUGUUUUCCCAGAAAGCUCUUGUUCUGCGCUGAAAAUGCAUAGGUUUGCAUUAUGACUUGAGGGCAGGAGCCACUGGGAACUUCUUCUGAUUGGGACUUGCUGAAUUGAAUAGGAGCUAACGCAUUACCUGUUCAUUUCCAUAGACUUCAUCAGGAGCUCAGACAAUUACACCCUUUCAGUUUGAUUUUUUAAAAUAACAUUUGGAGCUGGAUUCCUUUCCCAGAAAUGCAGGGGUCUCUUUCCCUUCAUAUCUUUCAUUUCCUGAUCAAUUUAGCUGAGGAAUCCGAAAUUCACCAAAACAUCAACCUACUGAUAUGUACAACUUUUUAUACUCCUGCAAGCAUAUCCCUCUGGGAUCUUCUUGGCAGAAAACUUUAAAGCGCUCUUAUUAAGACUUGUAUACAGUAAGUGCAUGUAGGAAUUGCAAAAACAUGACACAUAAAUUGCAGAUUUUAAAGGUUUAUUACUGAAUUUAAAACUAUUUUAGAAGUUUUGUAAUGGUGGUGUUUUAAUAUUUUACAGAAAAUGAAAUAUGUACAUAUUGAUUAGAACAAAAUAUAACAAGCAAAAUUUCCUGCUAAUCCCAAAUGUUCUGUCUUUGUAAUCAAAAUGUGUAGUGAUUAUACUUGAACUCUGUACUUAGUGUUUGUCUAACUCUUAAAUGUUUCUGGGGAUGAAAUUUAUCUAUUCCUUUGUAUUUAAACCAAAAUGAGUUGAUACAUGUUGGAAUGUAUGUGAAAUAAUGCAAUUGUCUAGAGCUCAUCACUGUAGCACUGAGAGAGAGAAAAAUGGAGCCGCAUGAGAGACAAGGAUACCUUCUGAUUUGUUUUGCACAGGUAUGUGUGACUGGUGUGUCCCCCCCACCCCCCAAUAUUGUAGUGCCUUAAAUGAUUAUGUAGUGUGACUAGAGUUUACAGUGAGCUUGCCUUAUGAUGGACCAGCAAGCCCCUCCGCUCUCCGUCAAACUGAAGCAAUUCAUUGAGCAUAUCCAACUGAGGAUACACAAGUGGUAAAAAUAGGUUGCUUUAAGUUUCAAUGCCAACAUAAAUGAAGCUGUUGGCAUAAUCCGACCAGAGCUAAGUAUUUAUGUGUCUUGAUUUCAGCUAGAAAUUUAAGGGUGUGCUAAACAAAUUCCCACUGAAAUUGAUAGCCUCAGUUCAGACAUCAAAGCCAAACAUGGUUUCUGCUAACCAUAGUUUAAAGCUUGAUGGUACAGAGCUGCUUGUCUGCUUUUAUUUUCUGUCCUCUGUCACUCAAAUUCAUGUUUACUUUACUCCAAAUAAAAUACCUAGGAGACAAUCCAGCUAAACUGAAGUAUGUUUAAGUCUCACUGGCUCAAUUCACUGGCUCAAUUCAAUUGGAGUAAAGUUUCCCCCACUCCACCCCCAAUGUUACCUAUACUGUUAGCUGUCGAUGCAUCUUUUAAUAGGGUAUUGUGCUGGGAAUGCAUUGGGAAAUUUAUCUGAUGUUGCAAAGGUAAUUAAGCAUGUGCAAUUACUUUUCCUUAAAUUAUAUUGUGAUAUUAUAUUUCCCCCCUUGUGUGUAGCAGAUUGUUUCUUGUAAAAUAUUACUAGUUUGGUGUUAAGAACUUUUAUACCAAAGAGAGCCUGCUGGAAAGCACAUAAUAUUCUGAAGUUUUAUUUAACACCACUAGUAAUGUGGCGCUUUGGGGAAGAUUUGAGAGCUGUAGCACUUGGUAUUGUAAGGAAAUGCACACUAAACUGGCCUGCUGAUGGUGUGCUUUUGUACUACACUUGAACAGUAGUUUGACAGAACCCAGAAAAUCAUUUCACCACUGCCGUUAUAUAGAGGAUGAUCUUGUCCAAAUGGAGAAUAAACUGGCUUGGAGAGUGGUAUUGCUACAGCAAUAAAAGGCCUUGACAGCCUUGAAAACCCAGUUUGUAUUCUGUCUAGUCUGGAUCAUAAGGUUAGUUAGUUUUUGGUACAUUACAAAGAAUUCAGAAAUGAAGAGCCCAUUUCUGAAACAUGCAUGAUAGCAUGCUAUAGCCUUGCCCAAAUGUGAACAGCUUGUAUGAGGAUACAGGGCAAUAACCCUGACCCUACUGAAGUCAGAAGAGGCUUUGCCAAUAAUUUCAGGGAGGCCAAGAUUUCAGUGAUCUUAAUGCCACUUUCCCCAAUAGGACUAAGUUUGUGGACCACAAGCCUUACAGUUUUCCUUUAUGAAGAGGAAUCUGUUGUUUUUGGCAAUAGGAGAGUGGUUGGUUAACACCGUAACUAGCUGUGAACCUUUUACUGUACUUUUGCUCUCAGUUCUUUUUAAUCUUUUCCUCUGUAUUGAUAUGAGGAUAACCAAGGCAUUUCAGGUUUUUUACAUCAUUGGUGUCAACACCACUUUCUGUUGCUGUAACAUUAUCAAAAUGGUUUCUUGCUUAGUGCCACACCCAUUUUUAAUUUUUCCUCCCCAAAUUCUAUGGCAAGACCUUUAAGGGCAGAGUUGUGCCUUUCCACCCAAAGAGAUAAAAUCAUAAUGCACCUUGCAGAAAUCCUGAAAAGAGUGUUUCUAAAACCCACUUUCAAAAACACUCUAUUCAGGAUUUCUGCGAGGUGCAUUAUGAUUUUGAUAUAUCAAAGUAGUGGAUUUCCAAUGUAAAGAAGGCUUUCAGUUAAAAUUUUAGGGAAAUAAAUUCAAAAUGUUGGUCCGAAAGUUUGGCCCUUCAGAGAGGUAUGACCCUCUUUGCAUUUUGCUCCUCAUAGCCAACUUACCCUUUCUGAGUCCCUUAAUAGUACCAGAAGUGGGUUUCUUGCAUGCAAAAUGUUUAAAGCAGGAAGGGGGGCUGUAGCCCUCCAGAUGUUGCUGGACUCCAACUCUCAUCAGCCCAGUCAGGGAUGAUGGGAGCUGUAGUUCAGCAACAUCUGGAGGGCUACAGGCCUCCCCCCCAUUCUACCUUUGCACAUUUUGCAUGUAAGAAACCCACUUCCGGUGCUAUUAAGGGACUCAGAAAGGGUAAGUUGGCUAUGAGGAGCAAAAUGCAAAGAGGGUCAUACCUCUCUGAAGGGCCAAACUUUCAGACCAGCAUUUUGAAUUUAUUUCCCUAAAAUUUUAACUGAAAGCCUCCUUUCUCUACCCCUGAUUUAAAAGGACAAUUAAAGCCCAUCAGAGUUAAGGGAUAAGAACCAUUCUAAAGAUUUUCUAGAGCAGGCAUAGGCAGACUCCAGCCCUCCAGAUGUUUGGAACUCCAACUCUCACCAUCCCUAGCUAACGGGACCAGUGGUCAGGGAUGAUGAGAGUUUGGGGUCCCAAACAUCAUAUAUAUAAACAUUUUGUUGCUCUGAAACUAGCCAGGCCUGUUUGAAUGGUUCUGCCCAACCAAGGCCUCAUUUUCACAAAGAGCAGAUGUGGUGGCAAACCCUGUGCCUGGACUCCUCCUAAUUCCCUGCACAUAAAAAGUGUCAAAGUAAUUAUAAUCUCCCCCCGCCCCCGCAUGCAGAAAAUGAUGUAUGACACAACACUGGCUUCGUGUUUGUCUCAAUUCACACACUGAACUGCAUCUGUUGUUUGUGAGAAUUAGGUUUUAGGCCCUAUCCUUUUCUCCCAUUGCAAUAUCCAGCUUGCCUCCCUGCGGAUGGAGUGAUGUAAGGCAAUAGGUAGCCUCACAGCUGUGCAGUCUAUAUGUAAACAUACUAUUUUAACAAAAGCAACGUUUUACGCAAAAUUUAACACUUCUGAAUCAGUUUGGAACCCCCAUGUCGUGCUGGGGCUGCAUUUUUGCACACAGCUGAAUGUGUGCAAGUCCCGUUGAAAUCUGUGGGACUUGCAUGUGUGCAACUGUUCAGUUCUGCAGCCGGGGGUGGGAGUUGCACAGUAAUUUGCCUUUUUUUGUAAUAAGAUGAAAUGUUUCACCUAAUCACUCUUGAGAUGAGUUAAAUCUAUUCCUUAGUGUUGUCCCUGACAGCUGAACUCUCAUCUCACAGCUAUUGAUACUCCACUGCAAAAGCAACUUCAGAGCUUUACUGCUUGCACAUAGUUGACCAGUGCAGCACUAUACCUCUGACCCAGUUUUUUUAUUUUAAAAAAUACAUAAUUAAAUUGCUUCUAGGUGAUUGGAUUGGCACAGCCCUGCUUUUUCAUUUUAAUUUGUAACUUAUGAAUGGUGCCGCAUGUUGACAUAGUUGUUUGUUGCUAAACUUUAUAUAAUGUGUGAUUUCAGAUUCAGCUUGAACUAUUAUCUAACUCACUACAUGUAGCAGUGCAUUAUAUGUAAUGUUAGUAUUUCUGCUUGAAUCCUUGGUAUUGCAAUGGAAUUCCUACUUUAUUAAAUGUAUUUGAUAUGCUAGUUUACUGUGUAGAAUUUAAAUUUUUUCUGGUUGUGCUCUUCCUUUUUACAAUCUGCUAGAUAAAGGUAGUUUCUGACAAUUACUGAUCUAUGUUUGUAUUGCCAAUGUACUUAGGGGGUAAUGUAAAAAUCAUUUUAACAAAAGGAAAUACAGAUAUUUAAAAAAAUUUAAUACUAACUAUAUGGGAAAAUGGUCCAUUGUGAAAACAUAGUUUAUCUUUGGAUUCAAUGUUUGUCUUUGGUUUUACAAAGUAGCUUGUAUUUUAAGUAUUUUCUACAUAAUAUGGUAAAAAUGUAGAACAAUUGCAAUGCAUCAAUAAAAAAGGGUUAAUUUUCUGUACUCUA